AUGGACGAUUUGAUUUUUAAUUGCUGGGAGGAGCUUACGAAGAUGGUGAACGGAGGGUUGGUGGAAGAUAUAGCAGUCAUUGGAGUGUUGAUAGGGCUGCAAUUUUUUUACGCAGGAAAUGCUUUGAGUAAAUGGCCCACCAAAGUUAGUUUGAAGUUGCUUGCACAGUUUCUCUUGCUUUCAUUAGGAGGGUAG